AUGGACCGACCGGAACCGCUAGAGUCUCCGCGAAAGCGGCAAAAGACAGAAGAUGCGCCAGCAGGAGUUGCUGCCACCGAUGGCGCAGCAGACCAGCCGGCGACCACCGCUACGGCCUCCGACGAUGCUCAAGCUCUGAAAGAAAUCGAAGUGGGGAUCACGGAGUUUGUGAGCGCUGACAGCGAGGGAUUCUCUGGCCUUUUGAAGAAGAGGUAUACGGAUUUCCUGGUCAAUGAGAUCAUGACCUCGGGUGAAGUCGUCCAUCUCCGAAGCCAGACGGCGCCCAACUCUUUGCGCGAGACCAAAGCCACCACUGCGGAGUCGUCGGAUCCGGCGCAAAAGAACGAAGAUACCCCCAAGGAGGAGGCUAAGGAAGAGGCUAAAGAGACCAAGGCAAAGGAUGAACCUGCGGCGGAAUUUCAGGUAUCGGAGGAGGACAAUGCUCUCCUGGCUGAAUAUUUUGGCGCCGAAAACGCUUCGGCGAUCGUGGCUUUGCAUAAGCGCGCCAUGUCCUCGCCCAGAGCUCGACCUGCUGAACUGGGCAAAGUCACUACUGCAGUAUCCGACCGGGACCUGCGCACCAAGCUCCACCAAGCCAUCCGUCGCAUUUUCAAUUCGCAGUUGGAGUCUAGUACCGAUGGCGAAGGUGUGCUCGCUAUCACCGCUGCAGGAAACCGGUUCAAGCGCAAUCCCCAAGGAGGGCGUGGCGGCGGUGGUGGCCGUUCUGGGGGUAACCGACCCAGCUGGGAUGAGCUCGGGGGACCGUACCUGCAUUUCACCAUCUAUAAAGAGAACAAGGACACGAUGGAAGUCAUGUCGUAUCUGGCGCGCCAGAUGAAGAUGAACCCGAAAAGCUUCCAGUUCGCGGGUACUAAAGACCGGCGAGGUGUGACCACGCAGCGCGCUUGCGUCCUUCGCGUCCAUGCCGAUCGACUUGCCAAGCUGAGUCCUACUCUUCGGAACGCCACUCUUGGUGACUUCGAGUACCGGCGACAGGGCCUCGAGCUGGGCGAUCUGCACGGGAAUGAGUUUGUGAUUACGCUCCGUGAAUGUGAAAUCCCCGGCGUGGAUCCAACCGACCCGCAGACUGCUCUUACCAAGGUGUCCGAGCUUGUCAGAUCCUCGUUGAAGAACCUCCGUGAGCGAGGGUAUUUUAACUAUUAUGGCCUGCAGCGGUUCGGGACCUUUUCCACUCGCACCGACAUGGUUGGCGUCAAAAUCGUGCAGGGUGACUUCAAGGGCGCCUGCGAUGGCAUCUUGCAUUUCAGUCCACACAUUCUCGCGGCGGCUAAAGAAGGCGAUGCCUCUACCGCGCUCAUCAGCACGGACGACAAGGCCCGCGCCGAGGCGAUCCAUAUCUUCCAAGGUACUGGCCAGAUCAAUGAGGCUUUGAACAAGCUUCCUCGGAAGUUCUCCGCCGAGGCUAACCUGAUCCGCCACCUUGGCCGAACCGAGAAUGACUACUUGGGAGCGCUGCAGACGAUCCCACGGAAUCUGCGGCUGAUGUAUGUGCACGCAUACCAGUCGUUGGUGUGGAACUUUGCCGUUGGCGAGCGCUGGCGCCUCUAUGGCGACCGAGUCGUAGAGGGUGAUUUGGUCAUUGUCCAGGAACACCGGGACAAGGAAACUACCAAGGUUGAGCCCGAGGAUAAGGUCGAUGCAGAUGGGGAGAUCAUUGUGGUCCCGCAGGGCGAGGACAGCGCAUGUGCAGCCGAAGACAUGUUCACACGGGCGCGGGCCUUGACUGCCGACGAAGUGGCCAGUGGCCAGUACAAUAUCUUCGAUGUGGUGCUCCCGCUUCCCGGAUUUGACAUCUUGUAUCCCGCCAACCAAAUGACGGACUUCUACCGCCGUUUCAUGGGCAGCGAGCAAGGCGGUGGCUUGGAUCCGUUCAAUAUGCGCCGCAAAUGGAAGGACGCCAGUCUUGCCGGCGGCUACCGCAAGGUCUUAAGCCGCAUGGGCGCAGACUACUCCUUCGAUGUGAAGCUGUAUUCCCAGGACGACGAGCAGUUCGUCCAGACAGAUCUGGAGAAGCUUCGACAGAGAGGCGAUGCCCCGCAGCCCUCUGCUGGUGCCGGCUCUGGUAAUAAGGUUGCCGUUGUGCUGAAAUUCCAGCUGGGGUCCGGCCAGUAUGCGACCAUGGCUCUGCGGGAAUUGACCAAGGGCAAGGUCAAGGCGUACAAGCCGGACAUGGGUGGUGGAAGAUAG